GUUGCACGGACACCGGUUACAAAGGGCUUGGCGCAGCGUGUCCUUGGGAGUAGAGAGUUCGCGCUUGGCUGAGGUGUAUAUCGUCUGGGAGGAAAUCCGUAGAACGUGAGAUCAUAGCCAUGGGAGACGCAGAGAAAGGAAAGAAGAUCUUUGUCCAGAAGUGCUCUCAGUGCCAUACUUGUGAAAAAGGAGGCAAACAUAAGGUCGGGCCUAACCUGUACGGUUUGAUUGGACGCAAAACUGGUCAGGCUGCUGGCUUCUCUUAUACUGAUGCAAACAAAAACAAAGGUAUUACCUGGAAUGAGGACACCCUGAUGGAAUACUUGGAAAACCCUAAAAAAUACAUCCCUGGCACAAAGAUGAUCUUUGCUGGAAUCAAGAAGCAGGGGGAGAGGAAAGACUUGAUAGCAUACCUCAAAAGUGCAUGUUCCUGUUAAUUGCUUAAUCCGAUGCCUUAUUUAUUUCAAAGAGGGAACCCCAGUGAUGAGAUACUUUUACCGUUUAUAUUUUUAUUUGUACUGUCCAUACAUAUUUUAGAUCAUCUCAUCAGCAAAUGUAAAGUUAUUGAAUGAAAAAUUAUCUGUGAAAUGAAUUUGGCUGUGUAAGAUAUAUUUGUCACUUUGAGGAUCAGAAAAAAUUGGGCCGACAUAAAAAUUCUAUUCACUAAA